AUGUCUAAUUCAGCAACUUGUGUAACACCUAAAACAACUACUCCAAUGAAAAAUCAUAUUCAACAACAAUCCAUGCUCUUGCACGAUGCACCAUCACAAUCAACCGGUCCUAAACCUGUAGUUGAAACUCAAAUACUGACAGCCUCAGUUGCUCAAACAUCUCCAGUUAAAGAUUUGGAGAAUAAACGGAUAAACCUUGAAGAUGAAAAAUCAAAUAAAAAGAUGUCAGAAGUAAAAUGGCCGGUCAGACAAAAAAGUAGUAAGAAAGAACGGAAAAAGCGCCUGAAUGCCAGAAUGCGUCGUUUAGUAUCUCCUAAAAGUCCAUUAACGGUAGUCUCCGAGUUGUUUAAUGAUGUACCAAUUCACUUUGAGGAUCAAUCAAUAAAUAAUGUUACGGGUUACACUGUUACACUUCAGGUUGAUGGUCAGGUGUAUACUGGAAAACACAUUUCCAAGAUUCGAGCCAAACAAAAAGCAUGUGAACGUUUCUUGCGCAAUAUGUUGGCUAAAAAAAUAAGUGAAGAAUCGGAAAAAAAAGAAGAAUCUCCCAUUGGAAUAGAUAUGAAAGAUGAAAAAAAUGGUACUUUGCCAAAUCCUAAAGUACCACAGGAGGAUUUCCCGUGGCUACAUUUUGCUUCAUUAGCUAUGCAUAACUUGAUACAUUGCUGGAAACUACAGCCUGUUCCAAAAAUUAUUAAUUUACAAGAAGAACAACCAAAAUUGAAGAUUGGUGCUAUGAGAAAGUUUCCCGAGGACCCAAAAAACUGCAAUCCAGUACAGAUAAUAAAUCAAAUGAAGCCCGGUGUCAAAUUUAUUGAAACUAUUAUAAGUUUAAACCCGCCAUCAGCUUUCCGAGUGAAAUGUGAAAUAGACAACAUUCCAUUCACUGGACUAGGAUCAUCAAAAAAAGCAGCUAAGAGGGAAUGUUGUAUUGCAGCAAUCAAAUAUUUUUGGCAAUUUGAUUUCCAUGCUAUAUGA